GAAGAAGAAGAAGAAGAACCCUAUAAUGCAAGAAUAAAAAAAACUGGUUGCUUUGAAGAGAAUGAAGCACUUCAAUUAUGCUUUUAUGAUACAAAAGAUUGGCGUCAAUGCCAAGAAGAAAUGAAGGCUUUUCGAGAUUGUUUUACUAGAAAC